AUGAAAUUCUUCACUGUGGGUUUAUUAGCUUCAAUCGCUUUAGCAUCUCCAAUAAUUGAUCCAUCAUUUGUUAAUGAACAAGCUAAUAAUGAAAUCACAACUCCAAAAAUCUUAAAUUGUAACUCUACACAAACUGUUCAAUUGAAAAAAUAUUAUAAAGAUCUUAUUGAAUUUUCUACAAUUGCUAAACAAAAUUUACUUAAAAAUGGUGGUGAUGAUCAGGUUUUUAAAAAUUGGUUUGGUAAGGGAAAUCCUUUAACCGUUUUAGGAAUCAUUGAUGAAGUCUUAGAAGGUAACAAAGAUGGUGUCUUGUACCGUUGUGAUGAUAUUGAUGGUGAUUGUGCAGCUCAUCCAACUGAAUGGCCGGGAUAUCAUAGAUCAAGUGAUGAUCAUUCAGGUGAAACUGUGAUUUGUGAUUUAUUCUUUAAUUCAAAACAUCCAAUUGAAAAAUUUUGUUCUGAAGGUGAUAUCUUGACAAUAAAGCCUAAAACUUAUGCAGGUAUUGAUCUAUUUCAUAGAUUUUUACAUUUAUCAAAAAUUAAUAAAGGGUAUUAUGGUGAAUAUGCUGAAGAAUUUAAAGAUUUGUUGGACUAUGCUGAAAAUAAUAUAACUUUUGCUGUUUUGAAUACUGAUAAUAUUUUGUACUACAUUGCAGAAUCUUAUUCGUUAAACUUGACUGGUUCAGAUAGUUGUUUAGGUAAUUUAUCAAAUUCAACUUUAACAAACUAA